AUGGCAAAGGUUCAGGUGAACAGUGUGAUAGUACUGGAUAACCCGUCUCCGUUUUUCAAUCCAUUCCAGUUUGAGAUCACUUUCGAAUGUAUAGAGGAUUUGCCUGAAGAUCUGGAAUGGAAAAUAAUUUAUGUUGGGUCAGCAGAGAGUGAAGAAUAUGAUCAAGUCUUAGACUCAGUUCUUGUUGGACCUGUGCCUGCAGGAAGGCACAUGUUUGUGUUUCAGGCCGAUGCAGCAGAUCCUUGCCUGAUCCCUGAUGCAGAUGCAGUGGGCGUUACCGUUGUGUUGAUUACUUGCACUUACCGAACUCAGGAGUUCAUUCGCGUUGGCUAUUAUGUGAACAAUGAGUAUGUUGAUCCAGAGCUCAGAGAAAACCCACCUGUAAAGCCUGAUUUCACUAAGCUCCAAAGAAACAUUCUAGCCUCAAACCCACGGGUCACACGCUUCCACAUUAACUGGGACGAUAGUGCUGAGAAAAUGGAUGAGUCCACAAACCUCAACAUGCAGCCCCUGCUGGCUUCAAACACCUCGCCUUCAGCUUCAAAGGGACUUGUCACAGGGAAUUCACUACACCUCAUGUCAGACUCACUCAUGAACUGUCUGUGA